GCCUUGUACGUUCCGUGAACUACGGUGGCUCGGAAGGGGCCGGGGCUCGCUCGAAUGGCGGUGCGAAAGCAGAGUGGCUUCAGUCAGAUCCCUGGCAGGUUUUAUUGAAGAAACAGAGAUUCAUCCCAUUUCUAAGAUUAAUAUUUACAAUUUGGAUUUGUCGACUUUCUUGUAAGAUAUAUAUGGCAAUCAAAAUGAAAGCUGUCUUUGAAGUUUUAGAACAAUUAUACCGGAAGGUACUUCUUGGAGCCACACUUGAAAAUGACAGCCAUGAUUACAUCUUUUAUCUCAACCCAGCAUUUUCAGAUCAAGAUUGCUCUACAACCACCUCCUCAGACUGCUCAAACAUCCUUGAUGUUCAGGGCAAGCAUCAGCCAUCCUCUGUGAAUUUGGCUACCCCUUCUGUAGCACCUGUGUGUUUGCAGAGACAUUUUCAGUUGAGCAGUACCCGAGAAAUAAUGCUCCUUCAGUUAACAGUGAUCAAAGUGAUGAUAACCAGAAUAUUAUCUGUCGAAACUGAAUUGCAUGCUAAGGAGAAAUAUAAAGAUAUAAUUAAAAUUCUUUUAAAAUCAUCUGACAUCGAUUCUAAAUUAACCUGUAUGUUCCAAACCUCGGAUAAAUUGUUAUCUCACAUGGCUGCAAAGUGCCUUGCACUACUUCUGUAUUUCCAACUGAAGGAAAAGAUAACAUUGAGUAAUUCCUGGAUUUCUUUCUGCCAAAAAAAUCUUUCUGAAUAUUCUGAAAGUGAUAAAGUAGUAUACUGCCUCUGGAUGCUUACCUUUGUAAUAAAAGAAAUCUUUAAAGAUACAUGUUCACAAAAGACAGAAAUUCUAAAGCAGUUCCUGACUCCUUUUGACACUAUUUUUGAAGUCUUUUACAAUUCCUUAUUUUCUCAGCAUUUUGAAAACCACCAAGAUACUUCUAAACUAAUAAAUAGCUUGAUAUGUUUCCUGGAAUUGCUUGAACUUCUUAUAGCCUCCAGAAUCCACCUGAAGUUACAUUUCACUUGCCAGAGGAUUUUAUUUUUGAAACCUUCUUGCGUGUUCGACGUUAUUACCUGGCCUAUUCAGGCUUUUGUCAAAAGGAAAUUCAUCAUAUUCAUCAAAAAGUGCCUUCUCUGCAAAGUGGGUGAAGACCUUUCUCGGGGAUCUGUCCCUACCUUCAUGGCACCAGAUCAUCCUUUAGAUGUGGACCUGUUGGCUUUGGCUGAUGCUGUUUUGCAAGCUGUGGAUUUGGGCUUGUUGAGGACACUGUCUGUCUAUGGAAAACCUUCCUGCUUUGGAGGCGAUGAAGUCCAACCUGGAUGUGAGUGUGUCCCUGGUCCAGAUCAUGUGAUCCUUAGAGCAGCGAGCUUACUUAUCAUUAGAUCCUUAGAAAUCAAGUUUCAAAAUGGUGCUUCAGCAAAUGAAAUGAAAGUUGAUUUACAGAGGUUCAUGUCUGAGUUACUGACCUUCUUAAAGCCUCACCUUCAGCCCUCUCUGCAAUCACACAAUCUUUGUGAGUGGUUGUCUAGGGUCUUCAUAGAACAAGACGAUGAUAUGCUGGAGGCUGCCAAAACAGCAAUGGGCAUCUACCUGAAGUUGACCAGAGAAUGUGAAGCUACUGAAAGCUUGACCCAAGAAAAAGAAAUGUGGAACCAUCACACACAUGAAAAUGGCUAUAAUCCACACUGUAUUUUUUUAUUCUUACUAAAAAAUAUAGGAUUUGAUUCUACAGUUCUUCUUGAUUUUUUGAUUUCAUCAGAAACCUGUUUUCUUGAAUAUUUUGUUAGAUAUUUAAAAUUAUUGCAAAAAGACUGGGAUAAUUUUUUCACCAUUUGCAAGUACUUUGAUAUAACUGAAUCUAAAGAUAACAUAAAUAUUUGUUGUUGUAUCUCCUCACUUGUCCAAGACAGAAGCAGCAACCAAACAGAACCUAGUCCUUUGGCUGUUCUUGGUAAUCACAGAGAUGCUCAUGCUUGGGUCUCCUGGGCUUCUGAAGCUUCUUCUGAACCACUGAACCACGUUGUGAUGUCUGAGGAGGCCCAGGCCACACUCCAGGCUAAUAGUCUGUCUCCCCCACGAACUUCUCAAAGUCUGGUAGAUUAUGAAACCUCUGAUGAUUCUGAAGAAGAAUCCACAGGCCAGCGUUUAGCAAACAGUAGACUAAUAUCUUUACACCAAGAAGCAAUGAAGAAAAUUCAGGACACAGUUGGAACAAGUAGGGAUAAAAAAGAACUUAGCCUGGAGUCUCAGUCAAGGUCUCUGGUUUCCAAAGAAUCUAAUACUCCCUUCUCUGUUGAUUGUGACAUAGGCCCAAAUAACAUUGCUUCUAAAGUGGGAAUAUCUCACAGAACAGUAAAGUGCUUUGAAGAGCUACAAGGUGCCAUUUAUCGUUUGCAGAAGAAAAAUCUGUUCCCAUAUAAUCCAACAGCACUUUUGAAGUUGUUAAAACAUAUUGAGACAAUAUAUAAUAGAAGUAUGACUCCUUUGUAAAACAGGAACUGGUUUUCCCUAAUAUAAUUGUGCCUUAAUGAGAUAACAGUAAAAAAAAAAAAAAACUUCAAAAGGGUUUUCUAACAUGCCUUUCCUUUGCCUUUUGGAAGCUGCCUA